UGCCGCCGCCUUUAGGAAAGAAAAUUAAUUAAACCCAAUUCGAAAAAAGACAAAACAAAUUACAUUGAUUAACUUUCCACAGCCGUUCUGAGUUCUGACCGUUGGAGGGCUAUUAUAUCUAAUUACCAUUUUGCCCCACAUCACACAACUUGUCUCUCUUUUUAUAUAUAAAUACAUAUAACCUUCCUUAACCCUAAACCUCCAUUAAUAACUCAGACCCUAAGCUUUCCUUUCUGCAAUCAUUAUUAUUUCUUCUCUUCUCUUCUCUUCUCUGUAGCUAUAAAAACAUUCAGUACUGCGUGCUCUUCACUUCAAACCCACUUGAAGAAAUUUUCUUUUACGCAAACUCCAUUCAUCAUCUUCAAACCCUUUGAAGAUUCUCGGUUAGUUUCAACUCCAGUGAUCUUUUCAGCACUCAAUGUCGACACAACAACAAGAUUCAUCAUCAGAUCAGUGCUGGUGCAGAAAGUUACAUAUGGAGUUGCCACUUGGUCUCAAGUUUAGACCCAAUGACCAAGAAAUUGUUCUCUACUAUCUUCUCAACAAGGUCCAAGGGAACCCAAUGUUGGAGGACUCGAUGAAUGUUAUCGUCGACUGUGAUGUUUUUGGGGAUCCAAGCGCGUGGAUGAAGAUUUUUCAAGAAACCCAUAUGGACCGUCUCUAUUUUUACACCAAACUGAAGAAGAAAAAUAAGCACAUUGAGAGAUCUACACAUUCUGCAACCUGGAGAAGUCAAAAAGACCAAGAGCUUUACGAUGAUAGCAAAACAAUACACUAUGGGUCUAAGCGAAGUUUCAGUUUUGUCGCUAAGAAUGGCUUCAAUGGCACGGGAAGGUGGACCAUGAAUGAAUACCGACUUGACGGGGAGUUUGCAAACACGGCUAAUCAUGAUAAUUAUGUCAUUUGCUGCAUUUCAAAGAAGGAGAAUAUCUAGAAGAGCAACAUCUAAGACAUCGUUGGGCAAGAGAUGGAGCUUCUCCAAUCUAGAUUAACCUUUUUUUUUAAUAGAAAGUAAAAAAACACUAAUUUCACAGUAUUUCAUUUUUAUCAUUUCUUUAUUAGUGCUAUUUCAUUCUUUGGGUCAUUUUCUGAAUGAU